CUCACGCUGAGUACAAGUACUUCAAGUUGAUUCGAUGAUGAUAUGUAUACUGCACCUGCACGUUCUAUCACAUCAGAAAUCAGGUCAUCGGAGUGCGUAGCCCGGUCUUUGAACGCUUGGAAGAUCUUCUUGAUGCACGGCAUUAAUGAAUCUUAAUGACGCGCAUCUGACUGAGUCGGACGGAAGAAGACUCUUAUAUGCGAGGCUCGCGCAGUUGGACUUCGGAUCCGGAGCUCACAUACUGACACCAGAACUUAUCAUAACACCUUCUGGCCACCGUCACCCACCCAGUCUACGGACCAGUUCACGCACGCAGUGCCACGCACAUACUUUACACAUGGUUUUGCUGCACACACGACAGACGGUCAAGGCAUGAACACUUCACACCUGAUCUUUCAUUCUCAGAACUAACUCUCGUGCUUCGUUUACAGUAUCUUCGAGGUUUGUUGUUGGUUUGCCCCCCCCCCCCAUUCUACUUUGUGCUCAAAACACUGAAAAAGUUGCACCGGCCGCGAUUUGGAUACUCGAUUAUUUUUUGACUUUUGAACAUGAAGUCCGUCUGUUUAGCAGCAUGAGCUACUGGAGCAUUGCGAUUGUCAUGUUUAUCCUGACUAGAUAUGCUCCCGUAGUAUGGAUCAUCAGCGAAAUAUAUGUCACUCUUAAGCGACAAUCAGU